AAACUAUCAAAUGACACUUGUACCAGUUCUUUGUUUUGGAGUAAAAAUAAAAAAAGUGGGUGUUACAAAAAAUUUAACAUUAUAUUAAAGCUGGAAAAAUUAUCUAAUUAAUUAUUAAAUCAAGAACGAAUAAAUUUAUAUUCUAAUGUGAAUCCAAAAAAGUGCAAAGAGGACAAAAUUGAUUGUCCAAUAUUGAAGGAAAAUUAGAAGUGCGUUUAUUUAAUUUCUCAUUACAAUCAAGCAACAAAAUGCCGAUUUUAUACAGUGUUGUCGCUCGUGGUCCGACAGUUUUGGCAAAAUAUGCAUCAUGUACGGGAAAUUUUGAAGAGGUCACUGAACAAAUUUUGGCAAAAAUUCCCCCCACUGACGAUAAAUUAACUUAUUCUCAAGGACCCUAUUUGUUUCACUAUAUUUGUGAAAAUCGAAUUAUUUAUAUGUGUAUCACUGACGAUGAUUUUCAAAGAUCUAGAGCAUUUCUUUUUCUCAAUGAAGUCAAGAGAAGAUUUCAGGCUGUUUAUGGAGAAGGUGCCCUAACUGCAUUAGCGUAUGCCAUGAACACUGAAUUCGGACGAGUUUUGGCUAACGAAAUGAAACAUUAUAGCGAAUCUAAGGAUAUUGAUACAUUAUCGAGGGUUCACGGAGAAUUAGAUGAACUCAAAGACAUUAUGGUUAAGAACAUUGAUAAUUUAGCAAUGCGAGGAGAAAGAUUAGAGUUACUUGUAAACAAAACAGAAAAUUUGACAGCAAAUUCAGUGACAUUCAGAAAAACAAGCAGAAAUUUAGCACGCUCUCUAUUUUGGAAAAAUGUUAAAGUUUACGUCAUUUUUGCUGCCGUUAUCAUUGGAAUUAUUUAUAUCAUAACAUCGAUAGCUUGCGGAGGUCUAUUGUGGUCAGAUUGUGUCAGUCAUGGCAAUAACACCAAAAAUUGAGUAUGCGAAUAAAAUAAUAUCAAUUUUCAUCAUUAGCAUUGAAUGACUUUCACUGCUAGAAAAUGACACUGAUAUUUAUUAAUCGGUAUAUAACAAAACCAGUGUAAAAACGGUAUUUUAAAAAAAAAUUUCUUCUGGCGUAAUAUCAGGUGCAAACCUCUUAUGAAAUCAUAUAGAGAUAAUUAUAUUUAUAAAUCAAUAAUUUUUCGUGGGUGACAAAAAAAAAUAUGUACAUAAAUUGAAUCAUUCACUAAUAAUACUUUUUCAUACAAAAAAAAGAGAGAGAGAGAGAAAAAAAGCGUUGAAAAUGAUUUAUAAAAGUGAUAAGUCUGAAAGGUGCACGUUAUCAAAUGACAUAUUUUAUUUGUUAUAUUCUAUUUUAUUAUCUUUUCUUAUAAACCUACGUGCGAUUGUGAUGACCAAGCAAAGUAGGAAUUAAUUAUAUAGGGUACUUUUAAAAAAAAUAGUUGUAUAUGUAUUUACUCCAAAUAAAACAAUGUAUUAUAAUUUAAUAAAUUUUCUUUUAGAAAAUAAAAUCUA